AUGCUGACGUGUAUAGCUCGUUCGAAGCGAGCCGGCGAUGAAUCUUCCGGUCAACCCGACGAUCCGGAUUCAAAGCACGCCAAAUCUCUAACAUCUCAGCUCAAGGAUAUGGCUCUGAAAGCUUCAGGGGCUUACCGGCAUUGUACGCCGUGUACGGCGGCGCAGGCUCAGGGGCAAGGGACCGGGCCGAUCAGGAGCAAUCCGGUGUCGGCAAAGUCGGAUUCAGAGUCGGAUCAACGGUUUAAAAUGCUGUACGGAAGAUCAAACAGCUCGAUUACAGCGACUGCGGCGGCGGCGGCGACGCAGCAGCAACAGCCCAGGGUAUGGGGGAAAGAGAUGGAGGCGAGGCUUAAAGGGAUAUCGAGCGGCGAGGCGACUCCGAAAUCGGCGAGCGGGAGGAACCGGGUCGACCCGAUAGUGUUCGUGGAGGAGAAAGAGCCGAAAGAAUGGGUGGCUCAGGUGGAGCCAGGGGUUCUCAUUACCUUCGUAUCUCUUCCCGGCGGUGGCAAUGAUCUCAAGCGGAUACGUUUCAGCCGAGACAUGUUCAACAAACUACAAGCUCAACGAUGGUGGGCAGAUAACUAUGACAAAGUAAUGGAACUUUACAACGUUCAAAAACUAAGCCGACAAGCUUUCCCUCUUCCCACGCCACCUAGAUCCGAAGACGAGAAUGCAAAAAUGGAGUACCAUCCAGAGGACACUCCUGCAACACCGCCUCUAAACAAAGAACGGUUGCCUCGUAACGUCCAUCGUCCGGCUGGAUUAGCGGCUUACUCAUCCUCGGAUUCACUAGAUCACAGUUCAACGCAAAGCCAACAGUUUUACGACUCUGGACUACUCAACUCAACUCCUAAACUCUCAAGCAUUAGCGGAGCCAAGACGGAAACUUCCUCCAUGGAUGCUUCCAUAAGAAGCAGCUCGUCUAGAGACGCGGACCGGUCAGAGGAAAUGUCGGUAAGCAACGCGAGCGAUGUUGAUCCUAACGAGUGGGUGGAGCAAGAUGAGCCUGGCGUUUAUAUCACCAUUAAAGUAUUACCAGGUGGUAAAAGAGAGCUUAGAAGAGUCAGAUUCAGCCGAGAGAGAUUCGGAGAGAUGCACGCGAGGCUAUGGUGGGAAGAGAACAGAGCAAGGAUACAUGAACAAUACUUGUGA